UAAAAAAAAAGAAGAAAAAAGUUGGCUAGUAUACUACUACUGGUCACGGGGUUAGAGUAUGAUAACAUAGGUGUCCAAAUACGGAGAUAGAAAAGAUGGACGUGUACCCCGUUUUUCUUAUGAGCGUACACUCUGCCGAGCUGUCUACCAUGUGCACGCACCCUUCCUUCUCUUUCUCUCUCUUCUCUUUUUUUUUUGUUUUUAAAUCUUCCCUUGUAUUAUCCUCCCUUCAUUCCCAACUGGCACUUCAUUCUUCUCCAUUUCAUUUCUUCUAUAAAUCUCCCCCUUCUUAUCAUACUUUAUUAUUACAAAGUCGUGACAUAUCCCAAACCAAACCAAACAGUAAAAAUAUAUACUCGUACUCGAUAACGAACGAGUAGUAGUAGUAAAAUGAUGAAUAAUGUAGUUUUAACAGCGGCCUCUUCAUCAGAGUGUAGUAGUGGGUGUGAGUCUGGUUGGACUCUAUAUUUGGAACAUUCUAGCGGUAGCUUUUCUACUGGUAGUAAAUAUAAUGAUCGUCUACAUUGUAAUAAUAAUAAACACCAAAAAGUGGCACCUACUUUUCAUCAAGGUAAAAAAAGUGCUAGUCUUUUUUAUGAUGAUGAUGAAGAUGAAGAUUUAUCGAUGGUUUCUGAUGCAUCUUCUGGUCCUCCACAUUUUGAUCAUGAAGAUGAUGAAGAUGAGGUUUUUUGUUAUAGUAACAGAAAAAAACAAAGUGUCAAAUUAUCAACUCUACAUCAACAACAACAACAAUAUUUUAAGGCUCAAGAUUUUGGCCUUGAUGAUACCGCUAGCUCCCCUCUUUUCACCUCCAAGAAAAAUAAUAAUGGUAGGGAAGAUAAGGGUACAUCAUUAAAAAGGAUGGUAGACUACUCUUCACAAGGUUUUUCUGCUACUCAUUUUCAUCAGGAGAGAUCUACUAAUUUCCAGGAACACUAUGGUUUUAUUCAGCCCCCUUUCUCAACAAACCAAUUUCAACAUAACCAGUGGUCCUAGAUUGUAGAAAGAGAAGACACGGAAUUAAAAGGCUAAAAGGAAGCUAAAGGAUUGUACCAAAUAUAGUUGGUGAUCAUCAACAAAAAUAGCUCAAAAGAAGCAAUGAAUGAAAAAAGAAGAGAAGGGUUAUGUUGUCAAAAAAAGGGUGGGAUAAAAGAAGCAGAUCUCAAAGGGAUCUUUGAUUUCUUUUUUCUUUUUUUUUAAAAAAUUACUUUUGGCUGUCAUUUUAGUGGGAAACAACCUCAAUGGUAGUACAAUGCAAGUAGAAAUUAAUACUUGAUGUACUCUAGGAAUAUAUGAAUUUAUUUCAAUUGAGGAUCAAUAGUGACUAUAGAUGUAACUUAAAUAUGUUUAGAGUACUUCAACUCGAGUUAAUGGCAAUGCAUGUUUAAUCUCAUUUACCAUGCAUAUCAUAGUAUAGUCAUGAUUUAUUUCAUCAAGUCUUGGUUCUUCUCUUUCUCGCUGUAUGUGUGCAAUCAUCUACCAACACUUCUCGAUGUAAAGGACAUACUAUUAUCAAAAUAUACAUGAA